ACGACAGGAAGCUGGGCCUUCGGUUUUCCAGUCCUGUUUAGGAUGAGCUUUGAAGACCGAAAAGGGAAUGGGGGGCGGGUUGCACGGGGUCCUAAGGUUGCAGCUUGCUCACUCCUGCUUUGUUAGGAGGAGUUUUACGGAAGUACUAGGGUCUUUGUAAAGAAGCGCCGGUCAAAACUCAGUAAAGGAUCUCUUUCUCGCGAGCUGCCUUCGACGAACGUGGGCCGAGACGCAUCCUUCCCGCCUGAGGCCGGACUCUGGCUGCGCGGAUCUCGGCCCGCGCAGCUUCGGCAUUGCUGGGACUGAACUCUGGCCCGGCGCUGAAGCGCUGGCUCAAGCCGAAAGCUACGAGGCCUGCUCUUCCUGCCUUUACAGACUGACUGGCACGGCAGAGAGAAGAGCAGGACUAUCCCCGCCCCCCCUCCGCCGCCCCUCCUGAAUCGACACUACCAACGGGCGCUGACACAUCUCGCACUCUCAACCACGUUGCAAACUCCUCCUCCGGUAGCCUAGUGGCAUUGGAAGAAGAGGAAUUGGGGAAAGAAAAGGAAGAGGCGGCGGCGCCCGAAGCGCCUCAACGGCCCACAGCCUUGAGCUGGAACGGGGAAAGCGCGAAGAAAUUAAAGCAAAACCGACCGCGGGGCGGGGACGGCGUCUAGCCGCCACGCCACGGCCCUCUUGAGCGAAGCGUGACCUCCCAACACGAUCGCAGCCCUCGAAGUGCCACGACGUCGAGAAAACAAGCAAACGAUUCAUUUCCCACGACCAGCACUGGAGUAAGUCAGUCUGUGGCUGAGCGCGCGCUUACCUGGGAGUCGGUGAGACCAAGCCGGCCUUGUUCUUUCAGAGGAAGCGUCCACGAGUCCGGGCUGCCGAGCUCUUGCGUCGUUCUUUCGCGCGCAACAGAACAUCCCGGGUUAGCCCGCGUGGAAGGAGGUCUUUUUCGGCCCCGCGGCGCGGGAACUGCAGAGAGCGGGGCUACAGAAAUCCGGACAGGCCGUCCUAAAUGGCAGCAAACGGAUACAGAAAGCUCUAAUUCUGUGGUGCCGACCAAUGAUCAUCCGGAUGCUUGCAUGCCAGAUCGGUACUUUCUCUGAAGUACUGCCUAACGCUAGGCAGAAUUGAAGAAAUGUUUGUGGUAGCUGUAGAUUUCUUCACAAACUGAAAGUUCAAAGAACUUGUACCUUAUCAUUUUUGAGGGAUACCCAGCAUUUAAAGGCUUCUUUGGGUAAUCUAAGAAAUACACAGCUCUUUCGAAAAAAUACCCUGAAAUGUGAAGUUUUUCCUCCCUAUUUUUUCUCAUAAGAAGUAUCAAGGAAUUUUAGUAACUAUGAAGUUUUGCUGAUGGCUGAGUGGAAAUCUUGUGUUUAACAUAACAGUAUUAAAAAUAUUAUUGACUCAAUUUUUUUCAAUUACUGUUUGGAUGAGCAAGUAAACAUUUAAAAAUGGAUAAAUAUGAUGAUCUGGGUUUAGAGGCAAGUAAAUUUAUAGAAGACCUCAAUAUGUAUGAAGCCUCCAAAGAUGGUCUCUUUCGAGUAGACAAAGCUGUUGGGAAUAACCCAGAAUUUGAAGAAACCAGAAGAGUUUUUGCUACAAAAAUGGCCAAAAUUCACCUUCAGAAACAACGAGAACAAGAGGAGCUGAUGAAAGGAGCUUCAGGGGCUUCAAAUGGUGGGGUUACUUUUGGUGCUCAGCUUCCAAGUUAUUCUAUAGCCAGAGACGCCACAGGAACAAAUAAAUUGCAUUCAGGAGAAAAUGUUGCUAAGCCUCCUUUGGCUGCAUCAUCAACAGUGUGUGCAGGUCAUCAGCUCGCUUUCCCAAGCCAGCCUCAAGGUCAUAGUGAUGGAGAGCGAACAAAAUUAUAUCAAGAUGACACUGGAUAUAACAACAAUCUACGAGGUCCAGAAGCUCCUGGAGGACUCAGUUGCCACAGACCAGGUCAGAUGGACCCGUGUAGUUCUAAGGCAGUUCUUCCUUCCCUAUCAUGGGAUGAGCACAGCAAUGGUGAUAAUCAAACAGGUGUUCAAGGAAGGGGGAAAGAUGCUGGUAAGCUUUGCAGCCAGAAAUCCAAUAUGGGCUCCCAUUUAUGGUCAAACAUUAGCCAAGAUGAGUCAUUGCAGAGAAGCCCUACAAAACCUCACACAGAUCUCCAUCUAUGCCAACAAUCCCAGAGCCCUUACAGAUCUUUAGAAAGUGGGUACGGAAGUCAGGAAAUUGGGAGUGAAGGCUCUGGACUUAGUAAGAGCUGUAACCAAAACCCAGUUUGCCAGAGAUCAUCAUCUUUUUCUCAUGCUAGUACCCCCUUGUCUUCAAUUGGGGUUGGUGAUGAAUCACCCAUGAGAUAUUCACAGCCGAGAUCUUCCUCAUGUUCUGUUACAUCAACACAUCCUUCUAGGACUCUUUCAAAUCAGUCUGUUAAUUUUCAUCCAAAUAGAAGCAGUGGUGACAGUCACUUAAGACAUAGUGAUAGCACUCAGCCUUCAAUUUCUACUCCAGCACCAUCAAGUGCAGAUUAUCAGCAGCACAAUAUUCAUCCAUAUACUUCAGAUCAUUUUGUAGUUCAUGGUCAAAAUCACAGGCUUACUUCUGCUGGAUCUGGCCCGAGUCUUGAGCAAAAUUCUAUCACUGCAGCAUCUCAUGGACCAAUGAUUUCUGAUGUUCCCAAAUCUCCUUUUAAAGAGGGUGUCAUCAUUCAGCAGCAUGACUCUGGUCACCAAGAAAUGUCUGGUUCUGCAAAAAUUAAAUUACCCUGUCAGAUGCUCCUUCCACAGCAGGAACAAGGGCCCUCUACUGCUGAAUUAAAAUUAGAAGCUCUUACUCAGCGCCUGGAGCAGGAGAUGGAUGCAUGUCCCAAGGCUGAUUACUUUGGAACCUGCGUGAAAUGCAACAAAGCUGUAUAUGGUGCAAACCAGGCUUGCCAGGCAAUGGGGAAUCUCUACCACGAUGGAUGUUUCACCUGCGGAGCAUGUAGCCGAAAGUUAAGAGGGAAAGCCUUUUAUUUUGUUAAUGGGAAAGUGUUUUGUGAAGAAGACUUUCUGUAUUCAGGCUUCCAGCAGUCAGCUGAUCGGUGCUUCAUAUGUGGCCAUUUGAUCAUGGAUAUGAUUUUGCAAGCUUUGGGAAAGUCAUACCAUCCAGGCUGCUUCCGCUGUGUGAUUUGUAAUGACUGUCUUGAUGGAGUGCCAUUCACAGUAGACAGUGAGAACAAAAUCUACUGUGUCCGAGAUUACCACAAAGUUUUGGCACCAAAAUGUGCAGCUUGUGGUCAUCCCAUUCUGCCAACUGAAGGCUCUGAUGAGACUAUCCGUGUGGUGUCAAUGGACAAGGAUUACCAUGUAGAGUGUUACCACUGUGAGGACUGUGGAAUGGAACUCAAUGAUGAAGAUGGUCAUCGUUGCUACCCACUAGAUGAACAUUUGCUUUGCCAUUCUUGCCAUCUUAAGCAUAUAGAGAAAGGCACCAGUCCUGUAGCUUCCUAUUGGCAUCACUAUUAGUACUGCUAAAGUUCCCAGAAGCCUGUUAAAGGAACUCAGUAAUUUCUGGGGAGCAGUCAUUUCCCUCAGCUGACAAUAUGGGAUGAAGAUCUUUUAUGCACAUAGGAGACUGACAAAAUACAUAUAGUAUUAUCCAGAAUAAUUUGUAGUUUCUGUGUCCUUAGGCUGAAAAAUGGGGAAGGAAUGAUUUCUUUUGGAUCAUUUGAGAAGAACUUAUAAGAAGCAAAUCAUGACACACUGCUUUCCAAUUUGUAGACCUUCAGAUCUGUAUGUAUGUCAGUAAUCUUUUUAUAGUUUCCACAUGUCAUUUGUGGAAAUACAAUAUACAUUUCAUCAGCUGGUCCAGUUGGUGACUAGCUCUUCAGUUUUGAGCUCUGGAAAUCUUUGGAAUGUAUUUUCAGUGUGUUCUCUUAGUGAGCUUAGUCACAAAAAGUUACCCUUUUAGUGCAGUUUCCCUUCUAAAAAUGGAACUAACAGAGACCCCUUUAUGAUUUGAUCCUGAACUCUAAAAAUUGCACACAUUUUGAAAACAAUUGAUCUGGUAAUUUCUCCAUUUUAUUUAAAUCCCAGCCCUACUACCUAAUGUCAGAAGUGAGAUGACACUGAUGUAUGAAAUUCCAGGUAGUCAGAAUCAGCCAAGAGCACACAUAGAGACAGUUUAUAGAGGUAGCUGCUUUUAUAACUUUAAUUUGAGCACUUGAAACAAUUUGAGAUGAUACGAACUUUUAAAAUAAAUUUUUAGAAAAACACUGCGAGAAAUAGAAUUAUCUGUACUGAAGGAGGAAAAAUUAGUAGCUGUAUUUCUUGUUGAAUUCCUGUGCCUUAAGCCACAGAUAUGUUCAAUACUUGUGAUAUUAAAACUUGUGUACUUCUGGUUACUAAUUCUUAGGAUAAACCUAAGCAGAUAUGUUAUUAAUGUUAAUUUAAUUUUUUUUUGCCCCAGAUGUCUAUCAUUUGAUUGUCCAUAUACAACCCAACUUUAUUGUGUGCCAAUAAACUAAUUUCACAUCA